GGCGCUGAGGGCGGGGGCGGAGACAAAUGGCUCAGGUGGACCCGGGGCCGAAGCUGUGCUAGGGCAGCUUGUUUGCCGCUGCUGUGGUGCUGGGGCUCAGCUCGCCAGGCAAACACCCUCUCAGUCGGGGUCAUCAUGAGCCGUUUCCUGAAUGUGUUGCGAAGCUGGCUGGUCAUGGUGUCCAUCAUAGCCAUGGGGAACACACUCCAGAGCUUCCGAGACCACUCCUUCCUCUAUGAAAAGCUCUACACAGGCAAACCCAACCUUGUGAACGGCCUCCAAGCCCGAACCUUUGGAAUCUGGACCUUGCUCUCAUCAGUGAUUCGUUGCCUCUGUGCCGUUGACAUCCACAACAAGACGCUCUACCACAUCACGCUCUGGACCUUCUUCCUCGCCCUGGGCCACUUCCUCUCUGAGUUGCUCGUGUUCGGAACUGCAGCUCCCACCAUUGGUGUUCUGGCACCCCUGAUGGUGGCAAGUUUCUCAAUCCUGGGCAUGCUGGUUGGGCUCCGGUACCUGGAAGCAGAGCCUGUGUCCAGGCAGAAGAAGAGGAACUGAGGCCAGCUUCACUGCCUCCAGGAUGCCAUCGUCUUCCACUGCAGCUGUCUCCUGCCUUCCUCCUCUUCUCUUUAAUUUCUUUUUUGGCUCCAUCCUCAGCCCCUUUACCACUUUUAGCCUCUGCAAAUUUUUCUGGCUUUUGUUUUCCAUUUAAAAAUUUUUAAGAUGUGUCAUGCACAUCUUACAGAAAGCACAUCACACAUCUGUAUAAUUUGAAGAUAAUUUUAAAAUUGAUACUCUCCCUAACAGCGUCCAAGUCCAGAAAUUCCACACUUCAGAAGCCCACUGGGUCUUUCCCCGCCUGCAACCACUGUACACCCCAGGCUCCCAUUUCUGAAAGCCUUCCACUUGUUUUCCUUUUAUUUCCAUUCCUUGUUUGAUUUGUGGGCUGAGAACAUGGAACUGUGACACUCACAGCUGCUGCCUGCCCCAGCAGCUGUGACCAAGGGCUGCUCCCUGGUGGUGUCCACGUGCGUCAACUCCUUUCUGCAGCUGGACCUGAGACUCAGCUGUGCUGGGGACAGGCAGCGCUUCCUAGGAGGGCUCCUCUCACCCACAGGCAGAGGAGGGUUGGAGGAGUCUGGGCUAUUUUUAGACCUUCAGGUCAGCUCUAUUUGUGUAACAAAUUUUGUAAUUAAAAAACAAAACAAAAACCU